AUGGAUCCUUUGAAUCGACUGAAGCGGCGCCUGUCCAAGCGUUCAUUUCCACGCGCCUACGAGCAUUCUACACACCCUUAUGAAGACGAUGAAUCUGACGCCGCCACUAUGGUCGAAAUCGAGCAAGACUCAAGUUUCCUCCGUCUUCCCGCCAACGCGCGGGAGCUAAUUUACGGCCAUGUACUCGGCAGCAUACAGAUACGCGUAUGCGACACAAGGAAUUGCACCCGCCGUCACAAAUGUCGCUCUCGCGGACGAAAACUUCACUUCGCCACUUACUUCCACCUCCGGAGACGGCAUUUAGCCCUACUAACCACCUGCCGCCAAAUACAUGCCGAGACCAGGCUCCUGCCGUUUGCACUAAAUGAAUUUCAUGGAUAUCACUGGGAUAUGCAACUUGCUGUCUACUACCGCCUGACGGAUGCACAGGUCGGUGCUAUGACGAAUCUUCGCGUAUAUUUUGAAUGCAACGAUGUGAUCUAUUAUCCGGCUCUCGGCCGACGGAGCCCGAGUGUCAACCUUGGUAAAGAUGCUCUUGCCACGCUGCGUGUCCUCGGUCAUCUUCGCGGGCUGCGUAAGCUCACUGUCGAGUGGGUUGGCCCGCACGAUUGGGAGCAUGACUGGGAUAUGGUGGAGGGCAGGAUGGCUUAUCUGAUUGAGGAAGAACUUGAGCAGAUCAGGGGCUCAUGUGAUAUUAAGGUUGUGGUAGUGGGCUGUGAUUAUGUAGAAGACCUCGAUACGGAGCCUGUGUCUGUGUUGGGUGAUAUGCCGAAGCUUGUGUCUUUUUCGGUGUAG